UGGGCACAGGUGGGUGGCACUGGUGGGCACAGGUGGGUGGCACUGUGGCACAGGUGGGGGCACUGCUGGGCACAGGUGGGGGCACUGCUGGGCACAGGUGGGUGGCACUGGUGGGCACAGGUGGGAUGCACUGCUGGGCACAGGUGGGUGCACUGCUGGGCACAGCUGGGCGGAACUUGUGGGUGGCACUGCUGGGCACCGAUCAUCAGGGCACUGAUCAUCAGUGGCCCUGAUGAUCGGUGCCGAUCCUCGCUCUGACAACUGCCGGUUCUCGGCAGUACUUUCCUCACGAUCUGACAGCGUGAGGAAAGUGCAGCCGAGAACCGGCACUUGCAU